GCCGGUUGUAUAACUCUCUGACCCGUUCUAACAUAUAAUUUAUGCAAGGAAAUUCAAAACAUUUCAAAGCCACUGAAUGCAGCGCACCGGGAGACGGUGUAAGUUCGCAAGCCUUAAAUGGCAUUUCUAAGCUUCCUUCAACUACGCAACCUCUUUCGGCUACCAGGAGUUUCACGAGGCGGACCCAAUCUACAGAAUAUAGUACCCAACCAACCACCGUCAAACUCGAACAAAAAGAAACAAAAGGAACUAAAAGACCCCAAGAUGCCAAAACAGAUCCCACCAAGAAGACGAGUGGUAGUGGAUUCAGACGAGGAAAUGGGACCGAAAUCAGCCAGGAAUGGAGACAGUCAAGCAGUUCGUAAACUAUUUCGUUUCUUUUCACGGAAGCAUAAUCCACAAACAGCUCUUGUUAUUCGCUACGCUAUCUGCUUUUUUCUCGGUGGACUUGUUGGACUGAUUCCUUACUUAGUUUUCGUGAUUGAGCUCUGUAAAGCUAACUUAGAAAUGAGAAAUCCCCAUCUUCCUUCAAUAAAUGGAUAUUCUAAACACAAAGAUGUACCCAAAAAUGAAGCUCUCACCUCUUUCAGUGAAAUUAGUAGUGCUCCUGUCAUCACUACAGCUUACGUUGAUGUAAACUUCACCACACUAAGUAGUAACUCAACUGGUAUCACGACACCCCGACCCACAAGAGUAGUGACAACAGAGAAAAAGGCUGAAGGGACAGGUAAUGACGACAUCUCUCUCCAGUGUUCUGGGACCAUAACGGUCAUUCGCGUUCGAGCGUUAGGGAUCCCUGGGGAUACUUCUACCGUGGACGAUUUCAACAAGCACUGCCAAGCGAAUCUUGGACAAGUGGAUGGGACAAAUGUAUGCAUUGUGAGCCUCAAACGGGUGUAUAAAUCCAGAUAUCCACCUUUCAUAAAGACUGUGGUCACUUAUACUUGUUCAUACACUGAGGAAAUCAGUUAGCGAUAGUCGUGAGAGAACAGGGUAGAGGCUUUAAAUACAACCAUAUGAUUCUCACGUGAUGAGGAGCAAUCCCCAGAGGAUUCCUAAUUGCCUCCCCCUCCCCACCACCGCCAAUUCUAAGAGAACAAUAGAAAUAGCUAAUAUGCGUAAAAGUGGUACUUUUUGUACGGUUAACGAAAACUGAUAGAUUACUCUCGGUUAUUUGGUUGUCUAAAGGGCGGAGCCCACAGAGAGGAAAAAUGAUAAACUUAAUUUGAUAUACUGAUGGACGUAAAUCCACUGGAAUGCUGAGAAUAUGAUUUCCUUCCUGAUCGAUGGUAUACAAAUACAACAGAAAAGUUGUAAAAAGGAAACGUUGAUAUCAGAUGCAGAUACUGACGGUGGAUUUUAAAUGAAGACAAAAGUAAUGUAUUAUAAAAAU